CCUCCCCCCUCCCAGCCGGGUGUGGAGUGGUACGGUCCAGAUGGUGGGGGCUGGUUGUGUCGGAGCAGCGGCAGACCGAGCCGAGCCAAGCCGAGGCAGGCUGUGUGUGAACCGGGGAGACGCGCCGCGCCGCUCCGCUCUCACAUCUCUCACAUCUCACAUCUCACAUCUCUCACUCUCAACAACUCUGGAUUAUUAUUCUUUCACCUUUUUAACGCAGGACGUGUUUACCUGUCCGGACUCCACCACCAACACCUGAUGUGAAGAAGAGGAGAAGAAGAAGAAGAAGAAGAAGAAAGGCAGUAACGGCAGCAGUUGGGCAGUUGGAUUUAAAUAACUGAUUGGACUUUUCUGCGCGUCUCCGUCCAGUCAUGCUCCUGUGAAGCUGAAUCUUCAUCAGACCUGCAGCCAGCUCUUCUCUCCUCCUCCUCCUCCUCCCCUCCUCUCCUCCUCCAUCCCUCCAUCCUCUCCUCCUCCUCCUCUCUCUAUCCACCAUGCUCCCCUCUUCCUCUCCUCUCCUCCUUUUCCUCAUCCUCUCCCUCCUCCUCCUCUCCUCCCCCCUCCUCUCUGCCCCGGCUGCUCCUCCCCCUCCCUCCGCGGCGUUGGGCAAGGUGGUGUACCGAGCGUUCGACUCCUCCCUCACCCACCUGACCGUCCACCGGAGGACAGGUGAGGUGUUCGUCGGCGCCGUCAACCGGGUGCUGAAGCUGUCGGCCAAUCUGACGGAGUUGAGGAGUCACAUGACCGGACCUGUGGAGGACAACGCCAAGUGCUAUCCUCCGCCCAGCGUCAGGGCCUGCGCUCACAGACUGGAUUCGUCAGAUAAUGUGAACAAGCUCUUACUGGUGGAUUAUACUGGGAACAGACUGGUGGCGUGCGGGUCGAUCUGGCAGGGCGUCUGUCAGUUUCUCAGACUGGAGGAUCUCUUCAAACUGGGAGAGCCGCAUCACCGCAAAGAGCACUACCUGUCUGGAGCCAGAGAGGCUGAUGGGAUGGCAGGUGUGGUUGUUGGUGAGGACGACUGGACGGCCGACCCAAAGAGGAAGAAGCCUGUGAAGGGCGGCAGCCGCCUCUUCAUCGGCGCUGCCAUUGAUGGGAAGUCUGAGUAUUUCCCCACGCUGUCCAGCAGAAAGCUGGUGGCGGAUGAGGAGAGCGUCAACAUGUUCUCUCUGGUCUACCAGGACGAGUUUGUCUCCUCGCAGAUCAAGAUCCCGUCGGACACGCUGUCCCUCUACCCGGCCUUCGACAUCUACUACGUCUACGGCUUCUCCAGCCGCACCUACGUCUACUUCCUGACCCUGCAGCUGGACACGCAACUGACGCAGAUGGACGCCGGCGGAGAGAAGUUCUUCACCUCGAAGAUCGUCAGGAUGUGUUCCAACGACACCGAGUUCUACUCGUACGUGGAGUUUCCUCUCGGCUGCACCAAGGACGGCGUGGAGUACCGGCUGGUCCAGGCCGCCUACAAACAGAAACCAGGGCGGCGGUUGGCUCAGGCGCUCGGCCUGUCGGAGGAUGACGAUGUCCUCUUCGUCGUCUUCUCACAGGGACAGAAGAAUCGCUCCAACCCCCCUAGAGAGACCGUCCUCUGUCUGUUCACCCUCCACGACAUCAACCUGGCCAUGAGAGAGAGGAUCCGCUCCUGUUACCGCGGGGAGGGACGUCUCUCAUUACCGUGGUUACUCAACAAGGAGCUGCCCUGCAUCCACACGCCGAAGCAGAUCGGAGAUGAUUUCUGCGGUCUGGUGUUGAACCAGCCGCUCGGAGGCCUGAGGGUCAUCGAGGGGAACCCGCUGUACGAGGACCGCACCGAGGGCAUGGGCGCCGUCGCUGCCUACACCUACGGAGAGCACACGGUGGUGUUCGUGGGAACCCGGAGCGGACAACUGAAGAAGAUCCGCGUGGAUGGGAUCCCACCGCCAGCCCAGAAUGCUUUGCUGUAUGAGACGGUGACGGUGGUGGAAGGGAAGCCAAUCCUGAGAGACAUGGUGUUCAGUCCGGACCAUCAGUACAUCUACCUGCUGAGUGACAGACAGGUGAGCAGACUUCCAGUGGAGAGCUGUGAGCAGUACAGCAGCUGUUCAGACUGUCUGGGCUCAGGAGACCCUCACUGUGGCUGGUGUGUCCUCUUCAACAAGUGUUCCAGACAGGAAGCAUGUGAUAAGUGGGAGGAGCCUCAGCACUUCAACACCCGGCUGGACCAAUGUGUCGACAUCGCUGUUACCCCGAGCAACAUGUCGGUGACCUCCCCGGCAACACAGUUAACCAUUCGGGUGCAGAACGUGCCGGCGCUGUCGGGGGGCGUGUCCUGUGUGUUUGAGGAGCUGAGUGAAACCUCCGGAGAGGUGCAGGCUAAAGGUCAGGUGAUGUGUAUGUCACCGUCACUGAAAGACCUGCCGACAAACACACACUCCUAUGGAGAGAAGCGCGUCGUCCAGCUCAGUCUACGCUCCACUGAGACCGGACAUCAGUUCAUCACCACCAGCUUCAUCUACUACAACUGCUCUGUGCUCAACUCGUGUACUUCCUGUGUCAGCAGCGUGUUUCCGUGUCACUGGUGUAAAUAUCGUCACGUCUGCACCAACAACCUGCAGGACUGCUCCUUCCAGGAGGGACGAGUCAGCAACAUGGACGGUUGUCCUCAGAUCCUCCCCACCUCUGACAUCCUGGUCCCGGCCGGGAUGGUUCGUCCAAUCACAUUGCGAGCUCGUAACCUCCCCCAGCCUCAGUCGGGUCAGAAGAACUACGAGUGUGUGUUCAACAUCCAGGGAAAAGUCCAGCGUAUCCCAGCAGUCCGCUACUCCUCCUGCAUCCAGUGCCAGAACACCUCGUAUUGGUAUGAAGGGGACGAGGCUGGUGACCUCCCAGUGGAUUUCUCUAUCGUCUGGGACGGAGACUUCUUCAUCGACAAGCCGCCGUCUAUGAAAGCGUUGCUGUAUAAGUGCGAGGCUCAGCGCUCCAGCUGUGGUCAGUGCCUCAAAGCUCCGUCAACCUUUGAAUGUGGCUGGUGCACUGAAAGCAGGAAGUGUCUCCUGCGCCAACACUGUCCGUCAGCUGAGCAGAACUGGAUGCACCACGGCCGACACAACCUGCGCUGCAGCCACCCGCGCAUCACCAAGAUUGACCCUCUGACAGGACCUCGGGAGGGGGGGACGCGGGUGACGAUCGAGGGGGAGAACCUUGGUCUGCAGGUGAAGGAGAUCUCUCACGUCCAGGUGGCCGGCGUGCGCUGUAACCCCGUCCAGUCGCAGUACAUCAGCGCUGAGAGGAUCGUGUGCGACAUGGCCGAAGCUCUCCUCCCUCACUCUCCAGGAGGUCCGGUGGAGCUCUGCAUCGGCGUCUGCAGCGCCGAGUACCGGACCCUCUCCACCCAGACCUACUCCUUCGUGAGCCCCAGUUUCAGUCGGGUGCUACCAGGGAAGGGUCCUGUCUCUGGGGGAACCAGACUCACGGUGACGGGUCGUCACCUGGACGCCGGCAGCACCGUCAUCGUUUACAUCGACAAGGAGGAGUGUCUGUUUGUCAAACGGACCAAUCGGGAAAUAAUCUGCAUAACUCCUGCCUCCCUGUUGGGCUCUGGCCCCGCCCCCAUCCGUCUGAUGAUUGACAAGGCCGAGGUGACGAGCUCAGACACCAGAUACGUCUACACCGAGGACCCGACCAUCAGCAGCAUCGAGCCCAACUGGACCAUCCUCAAUGGCAGUACAGUGAUAACAGUGACAGGAACCAACCUGCUGACCAUCCAGGAGCCCAAAGUCAGAGCCAAGUACGGAGGAGUGGAAACCAAUAACUUCUGUACUAAAGGCAACGACACUACGAUGACAUGUUUGGCUCCUGGUCUGGUCUACGGUAAACCCAACCCACCAGAGGGGGCGCUGCGCCCCGACGAGUUUGGCUUCAUCUUUGACCAGGUCUCCGCUCUGCUGGUCCUGAACUCCACCCCCUUCACACACUACCCAAACCCGACCUUUGACUCUCUGGGGAAUUCUGGGAUCCUGGAGGUCAAACCAGGGUCACCCAUCAUCCUCAAGGGUAAGAACCUGAUCCCGCCGGCGCCCGGUAACAACCGUCUGAACUACACGGUUCUGAUCGGAGAGUCUCCCUGCCUGCUGACCGUGUCAGAGAACCAGCUGCUCUGUGAUUCGCCAGAUCUGACCGGAGAACAGCGAGUCCUGAUCCUAGUUGGAGGUCUGGAGUACUCCCCGGGUACGCUCCAUAUCUACUCCGACAGCGCCCUGACGCUGCCCGCCAUCAUCGGCAUCGGAGCGGGCGGAGGCGUGCUGCUCAUCGCGAUCAUCGCCGUGCUGAUCGCCUACAAGAGGAAGACUCGCGACGCCGACCGGACGCUGAAACGCCUCCAGCUGCAGAUGGACAACCUGGAGAGCCGGGUGGCGCUGGAGUGCAAGGAGGCCUUUGCAGAGCUGCAGACAGACAUCCAGGAACUGACCAACGACAUGGACGGAGUGAAGAUCCCCUUCCUGGAGUACCGAACCUACACCAUGAGAGUCAUGUUCCCCGGAAUAGAAGAACACCCGGUCCUCAAAGAGCUCGACUCUCCAGCUAACGUAGAGAAAGCUCUGCGUCUCUUCAGUCAGUUACUGAACAACAAGAUGUUCCUGUUGAACUUCAUUCACACUCUGGAGGCUCAGAGGUCGUUCUCCAUGAGAGACCGAGGGAACGUCGCCUCGCUGCUGAUGGCGGCUCUGCAGGGUCGUAUGGAAUAUGCUACCGUGGUGUUGAAACAGCUGCUGGCCGACCUGAUCGAGAAGAACCUGGAGAACAAGAACCAUCCCAAACUGCUGCUGAGGAGGACGGAGUCUGUAGCUGAGAAGAUGCUGACGAACUGGUUCACCUUCCUGCUGCAUCGCUUCCUCAAGGAGUGUGCUGGCGAGCCUCUCUUCAUGCUGUACUGUGCCAUAAAGCAGCAGAUGGAGAAAGGGCCGAUCGACGCCAUCACCGGAGAGGCUCGCUACUCUCUGAGUGAAGACAAACUCAUCAGACAGCAGAUCGACUACAAACAGCUGACUCUGAUGUGUAUCCCUCCGGAGGGCGAGGCGGGGACGGAGGUGCCGGUGAAGGUGUUGAACUGCGACACGGUGACUCAGGUCAAAGACAAACUGCUGGACGCCGUUUACAAAGGAAUCCCGUUCUCACAGAGACCUCAGGCCGACGACAUGGACCUCGAGUGGCGUCAGGGCCGACUGACCAGAAUCAUCCUGCAGGACGAAGACGUGACCACCAAGAUAGAGAGCGACUGGAAGAGACUGAACACACUGGCACACUACCAGGUAACGGACGGCUCUCUGGUGGCGCUGGUCCAGAAGCAGGUAUCCGCGUACAACAUCGCCAACUCCUUCACCUUCACCAGAUCCCUGAGCAGAUACGAGUCGUUACUACGAACGUCCAGCAGUCCUGACAGUCUGAGAUCUAGAGCUCCGAUGAUCACCCCGGACCAGGAGACAGGGACUAAACUGUGGCACCUGGUGAAGAAUCACGAGCACAGUGAUCAGAGAGAAGGAGACAGAGGCAGCAAGAUGGUUUCUGAGAUCUACCUGACCAGACUGCUGGCUACCAAGGGGACGCUGCAGAAGUUUGUGGACGACCUGUUUGAGACGGUGUUCAGCACCGCCCACCGGGGCUCUGCUCUCCCAUUGGCCAUCAAAUACAUGUUCGACUUUCUGGACGAGCAAGCCGACAAACGACAGAUCACCGACCCGGACGUCCGACACACCUGGAAGAGCAACUGCCUUCCUCUCAGGUUCUGGGUGAACGUCAUAAAGAAUCCUCAGUUCGUGUUUGACAUCCACAAGAGCAGCAUCACCGACGCCUGUCUGUCGGUCGUCGCUCAGACCUUCAUGGACUCCUGCUCGACGUCCGAACACCGGCUCGGCAAAGACUCUCCGUCCAACAAGCUGCUCUACGCUAAAGACAUCCCCAACUACAAGAGCUGGGUGGAGAGGUACUACAGGGAUAUUGCGAAGAUGCCCAGCAUCAGUGAUCAGGACAUGGAUGCCUACCUGGUGGAGCAGUCUCGUCUGCAUGGCACUGAGUUCAACACCCUGAGCGCGCUCAGUGAGCUCUACUUCUACAUCAACAAGUACAAGGAAGAGAUCCUGACGGCGUUGGACCGGGAUGGGUACUGUCGCAAACACAAACUGAGGCACAAACUGGAGCAAGCCAUCAACCUGAUGUCUGGGAGCAGCUGAGAGGAGGGGAGGGAUGAAUGGACUGAUGGACUGAUGGAUGGAUGGGGGUGGGGGGUGGGGAAGAAGUAUGGGGAAGGGGGAAGUGAAGACGUUUUGUUUUCUGAACUGUUGAAACAGUCAGCUGAACUGCUCAGUGUUGGACCGAACUGACAGCCACAGCUCCGGCCCUUUAGCAAUCAAUCCAUCAGCGAUUUAUUUGUCAAUUGAUUGAUUGAUUGACUUGAAGACUGAUUGACUGGAUGGCUGGGACCCCAACUACCUCCGUUCAGUGACGGAAAAUCAAGUUUCCAAACCGAUUUGGAUACAUUUACAACGUGACUUCAACGUGGAGUCAUUUUGGGGCAAAAAAACAAACCUAGAUGCAUCUGUCGGUUUGGAUUUGGAUUUAAAUUCACUGCAGGUGUAAGCAGGGAUCAAAGCAAGGGGGGAGGGGGGGCGUGGCUGUGGAAAGACCUGGAAACUAGACUACAGACUGAGUCAGGUGUCACCAAACAAUGGAUGUGACGUGAGGACUAAUCGACCUGACUUCAGGAUUCCCAGCCUGGUUGAGAACUUUCUAGACGCUAAGUUGAAGAGCAAAAGGUCAAGUCAAGUUUCCGUCAAAGCUACGGACUUCACCUGGGAAGGCUUGUUCUGGUCUAAAGGAUAAGAAGAAACUAAGCUGAUGGUCAAAGGGGUCAUAGUAACAUCGCAACAGGUUUGACCUUACCUUGAGAGUCUGGACGAAUCCGGGCUAAAUAUCAAACGGUCAAGUCAAGGCUUACCACAGAAGUUCGAAGCCUCUUUACUGAUGUCGUUAUUACGGGCCUCACCUCAAAUCCUUAGCCUCGUAUGGAAAGAUCCGGAUUCACUGUAAGAAGUUCAGGUCAAGCUUUAAGGAAGGAAAACGUCAAAGUCAAACUUGUUGGCGAAGGAUUUGGGAGGUUGUUUCAAGCUUUAACGAAGGAGAAGGAAGCAAACAAACUGAUGACUUGACCUAACUUUGAAAUCACUGCUGAGUCUCGAAAGAUGUUGAAAAUAUCAGAAGUUUUAAAAAGGAAAUAAGGACUCAAUGAGCCGAGACAAUUUGACUUGACCUUGGACUGUUCGGCCAAGCCUCGUCAGGAUCUAGAAGUUUCUAAGUUGCUGUAUAACCAUUCAAUGUUUUUCUCUGGACAAUCACUCUGUACCACAGCACACUGAGCCCGAUGCCUACCGACCGACCAGUACCUGUGUCCAUGAACCCGUCCUCUCCUCCCGCUGUCUUCUUUUCCUUUCCUUCCAUCCUCAACUCCUCUGAAUUUCACCUCCUACUUUGCUUUCUUAAUUUCGUCUCCUUCUCUAUCUUUCUCUCUUCCUUCCAUCCUUACUAGUUUCCUCUUUCACCCCACUUUUUAUUCCUCUCCCCCUCAACCCCGCUCCCUCAUUGGUCAGUCAUGCUGGCCUCUGGCCAUCCUAUUGGCCAGGAAGACUCUUUAGUAAUGUACUGCCCGACCAAUCAAGACUGUGGAAUUCGCCAGAAUCAUGAAUAAUUAAAUUAAUCCAGAAUUACGUUAUGAAUACAUUCCAGCACAGGCACACAGGCAAGGUCUGUAAAUAAGCAGGUUGACUCGCUAAUCUUUCGGAAGCGAAGAACUUCCGAGAGUGGACUGACCGGCAUUUUUCAGGACCAGAACGACCUGGAAAAUGGGGUUCUGGAUUCAGCACCAGUCGGUAAACUUUGACGCUGGUUGGUGCAGAUCGCUUUAUUGUCGGACCCUUGCACAUCCACCCACAUACAGCCAUGCUUUACAGCGCCAUGCGUACCGUGCCCAGGGGGAAAUACUGUGCAGAGCUACAAGCCCAGUGCCAUGUAAAGAACCGGACCGGAUCACGUCAGAACUGGACCGGACUCGGACCAAACCCGGAUCAAAACAACCUGGAAUGGAGUUUUAGCCGGACCGGACUCAAGAACUUUUAAGACUUGUGGCCAUAAUUGUAAAGAAACAAAAAAAGAAAGAUAAUAAUAAUAAUGAUGAUAAAGUAUAAAAGUUAAAAAAGAAUACAAAAAGAAAGGAAAAAAAAAGAAAUAUUGAAAUGUUAACAUGUAAUAAGAACUUUGUGGAUUUGACAGUAUGGAUUUUAAGGAGCUGAACUUGUAUAAAGCUGAACAUUAUGUUACAUCAGAGUCUGGAGAAAGAGAGAGAGCUAGGAGACCGACGCCAAACCAAGUCCAUCCUCACACCAUCAGACCGGACUGACCGGAACAAACUGGAUUUAACCGGACUGAACUGAAUAUCUGCUCUGUAUGUCGACGGUGGAAAAACAAUCUGGACUUUUUGGUAUUUUCUUGCCAAACUGGAUGUUUGAACAGAGUGUAGUGUAUCGGAUGGAGGGGUGGCCCGGAGGUUCUGGUGGCGUUUGAAGGGGUUAAAUUCUUGCAUGUGUAGCCUCGGAUGGGCUCUUUGUUUUAAUGAGCUCUUGUACAUCCUAAAGAAGAAUGAGGGCGCUUUCACACUGCCGGCUCAAUUCUACAACCAUAAACUUGAAAAUAUGAUUCUUUUUUCUUGCACCUCGGUCCAUCUGGAUGGUCCACCACACCUGCGUCCAACCAUGUUGACGCUGGUAAACAAAUACUGUAACUCAAAGAACUGAAGUCCAGUGUUAAGCGCUCUUAUUCUCCAUGAGUGAUUAGUUAAGUGUUGGAUGAAGGACUUUCCAACAUGGCAACGCUGCACCCCUCAUCCCCCUUACACCUCUUUUUUCUGUGGUAGAACAUUUUCACUUCGCACAAUUGGAUCAUAUUUAUUUGUUCAGAGGUUCAUUUUGUGUUUAAAAAUUAAUGUCCAACAAUGAUAUUUGGCCAUUAAAAACUAAAAAACAAACUAGUUUCUGCUCAGCAGGGCAGUUUUGAGCCCAUUUACAUUUCUUUAAAUACAUUUUAUUCACCAUGUUUUGAGCAUUUAAUUAAAAUUUCAAGGCAGUAACAGUAAUUUUUCUUCAAAUUGAAUUUAUUUCACCAGAAUAAUCCGGAGUCGAAGUUUAUGAAUCCAUCUCCAUAGUUUACCACCAAUCUGUCUGCAUAGUUUACCAAUCCUUCUGCAUAGUUUACCACCAGUCCGUCUGCAUAGUUUACCAAUCUGUCUGCAUAGUUUACCACCAGUCUGUCUGCAUAGUUUACGAAUCCGUCUGCAUAGUUCACCAUCAAUCCGUCUGCAUAGUUUACGAAUCCGUCUGCAUAGUUCACCACCAAUCCGUCUGCAUAGUUUACCACCAAUCUGUCUGCAUAGUUUACCACCAAUCUGUCUGCGUAGUUUACCACCAAUCUGUUUGCAUAGUUUGCCAAUCCUUGCAUAUUUCAACAUGAAUAGGUUUUUAAUCUUUAUGUUAUGUUUAUGAGCUCCUUCUCUAGAGAAGGUGUUAUAAAACACCAUCAGGUCUUUGUGUUGUGUGAAAAUGUUCCACCACAGCUGAAGAAGCGUCUCUCUUUUGGCUCUCUGCGAUGCCAUAAAGCUACAAAGCACCUUUUUUUUAUUUUCUUGCUGUUGUUUCACUGUCAUUUGAAUCUUUGGGGCCAAAAGGACCCGAGUGAGGAAGAAGAGGAGGAUGAGGAGGGAGGAAGGGUCCUGAUAAAAGACUGCCUUUUAGAUGAUUAAUUAUAGAACAGGGAGGGAAGCCACUACCAUACCAAUACCACUGUUCAUCCAACCUGUGUGUGUGUGUGUGUUAUCCUGCUGCUGCAGUGGAAACUCAACCGUUAAAUCACUGAUCGUAUCUGCAGCUCAAUUAAAAAUCUUUUUCUUUACAGUCGCACCAUUUAAAUCGUCCGAUCGGUAUCUUCAACGCUUUUGAAAUCUCAGAUCAGAUCUUUGCUCUCCUUUUUUUUAUUAUAUUUUAAUAAAAAUCUCAGAUCGCCCUUUAAACUCAAAGUCAUCAGACGCUAUUUAAUUACGUCCUCGUCGCCAUUUUGAUCAGAAUUUACCUCUUUUUUUUUUUGUCGGUGUGAUGAAAUGAGAGUUUAGAGGAGGAGAGGAGUCUCUGUCAGCAUACUGAAGGAUGAGGAAGAGGAGGAGAAUCCCAAGAGGAAAAUGUAAAGGAAGGGGAAAAAGGGGGGAUGCAUAGACAAUAUAGAGGAGGAGGAAACACCCGCUGCAUGCUGAAAAGUGAGGAAGAGGAGUGGAAAAGGGGGAAGAAAUGACUAUUGGAUAGCAGAGAGGAGAGUGUAGAGGAGGAGGAAGAAGAAAGAGUAGUGCCGAAAGGUUAAGAAGAGGAGGAAAAGCUGAUCAAAUGCAGAACGGAGAAAUAAAUGUUGGAGUAGAACACAGGAGGAUCAGGAUGAAAAGAGGAGGUCAGACUCUCUUUUUGCAUGCUAAAGUGAGAAGAAGAAGGAGGAGGAGGAGGAGAGAUGGAAGGAGACGCUGCUGGAAUACUGAGAGCAGGAGAGAGGGAGAAUACUGAUCAGGGAGGAAAAAAGACGGAGGCAACGUCAUCCAUCAAACCGGUCGAGGAAGGAAAGGUCUCUGAGAGGAGGGAGGAGGAGAACAGACCUCCUCCUCUUCCUCGUUCUCCUCCUGGAUGACCAACAGAAGGGAAACCAUACUCAGGCAUACAUGACAUUUAUUACAGAAUUACGUUUUUAAUGACUUGCAGGUCAGAAAAAAAAAACAUGAUUCACUAAAACAAAGGUACCUGCACACUCCACAUGAACAUCACAACACAUCCAGGUGAAGGUGAGGGUGUGAGCACACCUGUAAAUAUGUCUACAUAUAAUAUAUAUGUAUCUGUAUAAUCAGGUCUGCUAAUAUGCUCACAUUUAUCUGAUUUGUGUUCCACAUAGAACAGAAGAACUGGGAACGUGAUGGCAGUGUGGAGGCAUUUCUUUAUGUUGAUGUGCAGGUUAGUUUUGGAGGAUUGUCCGACUGUCGAGACAAAUGUUUUCCAAAAGAUAUAGAAAGACAGCUGCUGUUGUGGAUCAAUCGUAGGACCGAUUAUGAAACCUCAAAACUGUGUCGCUACCAACCAAAAUGUUAAGAAAACUGCCAAGUUCUAAAAAGCUAGCAUUAAAUGAUGAGUCAGCAGUUUGUUGAAACUCCAAACACCUGUGUUUACAUUUACCUGAAGAGGACUUGUCAGGUGGCAAAGUAGGAGUUAGGUAGAUAGAUGAAAGUUUUUGUAGUGCCAUAACAUUUCUGUAAACCUAAACGUCUACUAGGUGCUGCUACAACAAAACUCGGACCGUAUUGAAGGCUGUUUUAGGUUGAUUUAUUUGUCACGUACAAGUUACAUCACUUCCAAAGUUAUUUAACCCAAACCGCCAUCUUUUCCUAAACCUAACCAAGUAGUUUUGUGGCCUAAACUAAAAUCGCUCGUGUUGCCGGACAUUAGUAGGAAAACGCA